GUGACAUUUCAAUUUGCUUAUAACUCAAAAGACUGAUGGCUAUGUUAAGUGACUUGAAACAGUGUUUCACUUCGUCGUACAACAAAACGUUGUUUCUUGUUUGAUGUGUGUUAGUAAAGCAUAACUGGCAUUUAAACCUGAUCAGACGUAUUUUCACCCUGAGGAUGAAAACUUUUGUACCUGUAUGAUUCCUGAAACCCUGAGGGAUUCCCUGAAGGAGAAAACGGAAGCAGGAAUUAGGACAGGUUUUGCACGUGGCACUUGGUGAUGCCAGGAUGUUAGAAGAGACGUCACUCAAAGCCAGUCACCAUGGAAACACCAGAGUAGGCCCCAGAGGAAGUGAUGAAGACGGAGAAGAGAAGCAAACAUGUGUUGAUAUAAACCCCCAAAGUGGUCUCUACCUACAGUCCUCUGAGACCUGCUUUCCCUCGAGAAGCUCUCAACUGCAUGAUGAUUUGAAUGAGUUCUCUGAGUGCUCGUCCAUUGGAGACUUGAGCCAAGAUGCUUCCUUCUCCCUCAAGAGCUGUGUCAAGCUGGAGAGGAGGUGGAUGCUAUGGUAUGAAUUCAAGAAAGAACUCUCCUGUUUGGACGACUGGCUUCGAUCAGCUGAGAAAAUAGCAGCGUCCCCGAACUCCAGCCAUGUGCUGUAUGUCACAGCAAAAGAGGAGUUACAAAAAUAUGAGAACCUGCGUACUGAGGCCAGGAUACGUUUAACCCAGCUGGACGGACUGACCCAGAGGAGUCGAACUCUGGUUGGCCUGUUCAGAGGUGCUAUGGGCGCACGGCUGAUGGAAAUGAUGAAGGAUUGUGGACAACGCUGGGAUCAGCUCAGCAACACUGUGGAUACUGUGUGCCGCAGGUUGAAGCAUUUCGUCUGCCAGCGGGAGGAUUUUGAGAGGCAGAGGGAAGAGAUGGCAGUGUGGCUGGCUGAUAUGGACCUCAGGCUGACUGAAGUGGAGCACUUCUCAGGCAAAGACACCUGCUCGAAGAUGCACCAGCUUCAGGGGUUUCAAGAGGCAGUUGGAGAGAGUGCAGGUCGACUGAAUGAUUUGCUCCAGCAUGGAGAAGAGUUGAUCCAAAGAAGCGAGCCGGCUGAUGCCCAGGCCAUCGAGAACCAGCUGCAGGAACUCCUGCUCCACUGUACCCGUGUCUUUCAGGGCCUGGGCCAUCUGCACACACGCCUGCUCAGCAUGAGACUGGUUUUUGAGGAGGACUGGGCCCUGUGUGCUCCUGAUUCUGGCUGUCCGUCUGAGAGUAUGCUGGAGGAUGAGUGUUUUAUAGACCGCAGCAUGGCACCUCAGUCUCAGGCCUGUCUUCCUCAGUCCAGUCAAGAUCACCUGGUUCUGGAGUGGGACCCUUCAGUGGACAUUGGUGGUUCAAUCUCCCAUGAUGGCACAGACUCGUCCUCCUUCAGUGCAGCUGCAGGAGUGCCUUACACAGAUGAACCAGCCAAAUAUCCUCAGAGGAGAAGAGUCUACAUGAGUCCUGUGGACUCGCAACCAGACAAUGCUGCUGUCAGCAUCAAGCAGCCAAGCAUUAAGAAGAGCUUAGAGAAUGCGGCCCCACCCCAGAUGCCAGUGCCAGUCAUUAGAACUUGCAAGCAUCAGUAUGCCGGACCAUUUAAGACUUCCACACCUGAAACUAGGGCUCCUGAAUCUGUGACCUUUGACCCUGAGCGCAUCAGUGCUUGGCUGGGCCAGACGCAUCAACUUUGUUCUAAAGCCGUCCAGACAGAGCAUGAUCCACAGGCGUGCUCCAGUUUUUCAUCUCUGCCGUCCGGAAAGGAGGAGGAGGGAGUUGAGUAUCAAGAGAGCGUGCUCCCCCAGAGACGCCCCUACCCACCGCACACGUGCUCCACCCCCCGCCCAUCCCAGUCAUGUGACUGCCAGCAUCACUCUUACCAACGUCAUGAAGACCCACAGAGGCAGCAGGAGAGACUUUGUUUCCCCGACUCUUUGGAGGACAACACCCAUGCAAAGUUGAGUUGUGAACUGUGUGGACCGAAGGCUUCUGCUGGCAGAUUAUGGCACAGUGGCUCCUGGCUUUUGGGGCCCUUGAGGUUUUUUAACAUACGAAAGGCCUCAGCACCACUGCUGGUCCUCCUAUUUGCCAUCUUGCUUGCUGUGGUGAUCUGGCCCCUCAUCUUGCCCCACGAUACAUCAUGCCAUCAGUCCAAUACUCUGACCCGCUCAUUUCACCUGGCCCUACAUUACAAAGGACCCCCUCCCACCUGAAGACACAAGCAAUAACCGCAAACAGUUUAGUAAGAACACAUGGGAUUGUUUUCAGGGUUUUUUUUUUUUUUUUUUCUUCUAUGAAAGCAUAUGUCACCUGAAAACAGAGUGGGUCUCUAUAUCUGUUUGGAUGCACAACCAGGGUUGCUUUGGUCGUGGAUUGUACAAAAGUGUCCUUAAGUGCCAUCCACAAGAUUUAAAUAUGCUUGGACUCAAGGCCAUCAAAACUUAUGAGUGCAAACUAAUAUAACAAGUGCACUUAAUUCUGCUCUGACACUAAUUUUCUCACAAUGUCAGAGUGAAUUGUAUAAAACUACAUUGAUUUGACAGCUCUGGAAGCAUCUCUGUUUAAAACUGCCAUGUUGAGCAUGUUUACUUGAAUUGUUGACUGACAGAUUAAGCAUUUUUGGCCAACCAGUUAUUUAUAGGUUUGUUAGAUGCAAAUUAAAAAUAUAAUAAUAAUAAUUUAAAAAGCAGAUCGUUUAUGAAUAAAAGGGGUGUGUCUAUGUGAGUGCUUGCUUUAAGAUUUUUGAUUGUUUGUUAAAAAACGAGUUUUGUACAGAAAGAAUAUAACUGAACAUUUCAUACUGCAUCACAAUAUGCAAUAUUUGAUCAAGAACCACUGUACUGUAUACUGUAAUCGCUGUAACAUUUAUUUUUAAAAAGGGCAUUCUGCACUGUAUUUAAUAGUUCGCAUCAGUCCAAUGAAGAAGACACACAAGCAAGCUUUAAGACGAGCCCUUGAGCCCAUCAAGGAUCUGUUUUGCACUGUUAUCCACUUUUUAUGACUUGUAAAAUAAAAGAGAUGAGUGAAAACAA